CAGGAAGAGGAAGUACUACACCUCCAUCUACAUCACAUUUACUUCAGUCUGAUGCUCAGUCAGUCAGCAGCAAGACGACAUGGAGGUCACAGCUCUCUGCUUCAGACUGAUGGUGAAUGUGUUGUUGCUGCUCACUGCUCAGGCUCAGAAGUCUGACGGAGUUUUUCUUCGUAUUGAACCAAACAGUCAGCAGUUCUUUGACUAUGAACCCAUCUCAUUAAAAUGUGAAGGGAUCCACAGCCCAGCAGAAUGGAAAGUGAUGAGAAGGAUUACCUCAGAUAUUACUGAGUGUGAGUCGUCUACAGGAUCGUUGGAUAUUCCAGCUGCCUUUGUCUCCCACAGUGGAGAGUACUGGUGUGAAAAUGCAGAGGGAGAGAGAAGCAACACUGUCAACAUCUCUGUCACUGCUGGUUCUGUGAUCCUGGAGAGUCUUGCUGUUCCUGUGAAGAAGGGAGACUCUGUGAUUCUGCGCUGUAGAAAAAAGGGAGCUUCCUCCAACCUCCCAGCUGAUUUUUAUAAAGAUGGCAGCCUCAUUAAGACAGAAUAUACAGGCAUCAUGGCCAUUUCCAAUAUUUCCACUGCUGAUGAAGGGUUUUACAAAUGUAGGAUCUCUGGAGCUGGAGAAUCACCACAGAGCUGGCUGGCUGUGAGUGGUGAGCCGUCAGUGUUAUCAAAAUCAAAUACUUCUGUGACUCCAGGGACACAGACUCCCUCUGGUUCUCCCAACUCAGUUCAGUUCUUCAUUCCUUUAUUGGUUGUCUUCACCGCUGUGUGUGUUGCCAUGCUGCUGUUGGUGGUGGGACUACUUCACUGUCGCAAACAAAGAGUUGCAUGCUUUUCCUCUGAAGUGCCAACACCAGGAUCAGACCCAGUCUAUGAGCAUGUAUCUGCAGCUGAUCCACCCAUGGCUACAUACGCUAAUGUCACAAAACACAAGAAAAAAAGAGGUUGUCAAGAGGACAGUGCAGCUGAUCCAAACAAUGUAACAUAUGCUGUUGUUACAACAAAGAGGAAAGAGAGAGUUUCUAGAGAGGCAGAUGUAUGUGAUUCAGCCAAAGCAACAUAUGCUCUUGUACAAAGGACAUAGAGAGGUCACUUACAGCAAAAACACCUGACUGAUGGAUGGAGCUGUUACAUCGUUGUGCAAGGAUAUGCAUCCAUACUGUGGGCUGCUACAGUAAUUUGUAGCUUUUUCAAUUAACAUGUUUGAAUAUUUUUUGAGAUACAUAUUAAAGUUAAGAUUAAAAUAUUCAGUGAGACUGAA